CUAGCCAGCCCUCAGCUUUCUAUUUCGGAGACUCUGUGUUGCAUAAUAUCUGGGCUACAGUCGCAGGCGGUGGCGAGCGUUUGCGACAGAAAUAGGUUCUUUCCGCGGCUGCCUUUCAGGGUCCAGCUGGGAGCCCGGGGGGCAGGGGGAGCUCUCGCCAGGUGUGUGCGGGGUGGGGCAGGACCUCUCCCCCUCCGCACAGGCGUGUCAGCGCGGUCUCCAGGCAGCUUGAGUAUAUGACCGGCCCUUCUACCCCCAGAGAAAGAGAGAGAAGGUCAUAUGCCGGGGAUUUGGAGCUCGUGAAAAAAAAGCGGAAAAAAGCCUCUGGAGGCUGAGUGGGAGCGCGCUCGGGGAUGUGUGUGGAAGUAAAACAGACCCCGCAGGCCCUGCCGCCAGCCUCGCGCUGCAUUUGUCACUCCUGCCCGGCGACAUUUUCUCCCUGAGCUAGAACAGGGAGAGCUGCCGCAGUCUGCGCGGAGCCCGAGUCCUCACUCGUGCUUGGUGCGUGUCUUUUACUUUUUUGUUCUCUGGACUCUGGGCUCUCAUAUCAAUAUUCACUGAAGACAGACAGCAACCCCCCUGCAGCUCCGUGGGCUCUGCUCCUCGUCCCCCCAGCUGGUGGGGGAGCAGGCUUUCUUCUCUCUGGGUGUUUUUCUGAGCAGCACAGUCACCCCAGCUGAGCGUGUCUCCCUCGCGGCGGCUGUGGUCAUGUUGUGAGGGAAGCUCCCUUGGAGGCCGAGGCUGAGGUGCGUGCAGAUGCCGCCUGGACAUCUGUCUGAUCCACGUUAACAUUUGAGGAGUCACAGAAUGCGAAAAUGAACCGGAAGAAGGACUGGUGACAUCACAUCCCCUUGGCUUCUCUGAACUCCCAGCUCUGACCCACGGGCAGCCAAGUCUGAGCCAAAGAGCAUCACCAGGCGACGGAGUCAGAGUGACCCACAUCUGGUGGAAGAGACAAAAAUGUAGCUAUCGAAUCCAAUCAAGUGUUUCUCUCUCUCAAAUUACCAGCAACAUCCUAUCAAGAAAGGUUCUGGUGGGUCCCACAUCCAUAUGGCUACCGGAGGAGACACGUAAAGAUGGAGAAAUCAAGGCACAGAAACUAAGUGACUUCGCCAUAGUCACAGCUGGGGAGGACCAGGAUUAGAGCUUAGAGAGAACCCUGCCCCGGGGCCUGUGUCCUGCCCACAGUCACGCUGCCUCCGUUCCUAGGAGAGAAGACUUCCUGCAAGAUGGAGGUGGACGCCGAGGAGAAGCGUCAUCGCACACGGUCCAAAGGGGUUCGAGUCCCCGUGGAGCCAGCCAUCCAGGAGCUGUUCAGCUGUCCCACGCCCGGCUGUGAUGGCAGCGGCCAUGUUAGUGGCAAAUAUGCAAGACACAGAAGUGUAUAUGGCUGCCCCUUGGCCAAAAAAAGAAAAACACAGGAUAAGCAGCCCCAAGAGCCUGCCCCCAAGAGGAAGCCGUUUGCGGUGAAGGCGGACAGCUCCUCUGUGGACGAGCGCUAUGAGAGCGACGGGUCAGAUGACACGGACGAGAAGGAGGAGGACGAGGAGGAGGAGGACUCGGAGGAGGACGAGCCGAGGGAGGACGAGGAGGAGGACCGCGAGGAGGAAGAGGAGCUGGAGGAGGAGCUAGAGGACGAGGAUGAUGAGGACGGGGAGGAGGACGAGGAGGACGAGGAGGACGACGAGGACGAGGAGGACGACGAGGAGGAGGAAAACGAAGACCAUCAAAUGAACUGUCACAGUAGUCGCAUAAUGCAAGACACAGAAAAGGAUGAUAAUAAUAAUGAUGAGUAUGAUAACUAUGAUGAGCUGGUGGCCAAGUCCUUGUUGAAUCUUGGCAAGAUUGCCGAGGACGCAGCAUACCGGGCCCGCACGGAGUCCGAGAUGAACAGCAACACCUCCAAUAGUCUGGAGGACGAUAGUGACAAAAAUGAGAACUUGGGUCGGAAAGGCGAGUUGAGUCUAGACUUAGACAGUGAUGUCGUUAGGGAAACGGUGGACUCCCUGAAAUUACUAGCACAAGGACAUGGUGUGGUGCUGGCAGAGAACAUGAACGACAGGAACUAUGCGGACACCAUGUCCCAGCAGGACAGUCGGAACAUGAGCUACGUGAUGCUGGGAAAGCCCCUGAACAACGGGCUGGGUGAGAAGCUGGUGGAGGAGAGCGAUGAGGAGGUGUGUCUGAGCAGCCUGGAGUGCCUGCGUAACCAGUGCUUCGACCUGGCCCGCAAGCUGAGCGAGACCAGCCCGCAGGACAGGAACCCGCAGCCCAGCCUCGGCGGCCGCCCGCACCUACGGCCAGAGGAUGACUUCGCGGGCAGGACGCCGGACAGGAGCUACUCAGACAUGAUGAACCUGAUGAGGCUCGAGGAGCAGCUGAGCCCCAGGUCGCGGACUUUCUCCAGCUGCGCAAAGGAGGACGGGUACCACGAGAGGGAUGACGACACGGCCUCCGUCACCUCCGACAGGUCCGAGGAGGUGUUCGACAUGACCAAGGGCAACCUGACCCUCCUGGAGAAAGCCAUCGCUUUGGAAACAGAGAGGGCGAAAGCCAUGCGGGAGAAGAUGGCCAUGGAGGCCGGCAGGCGGGACAGUAUGAGGUCGUAUGAGGAGCAGUCGCCACGACCGCUGCCCGGGGAGGAGAGGAAGCCCAAACCCAGUGACAGCCAUGUCAAAAAGCCAUACUAUGGUAAAGAUCCCUCGAGAGCAGAAAAGAAAGAGAGCAAGUGUCCAACCCCAGGGUGCGAUGGAACUGGCCACGUAACUGGGCUGUACCCGCAUCACCGCAGCCUGUCCGGAUGCCCGCACAAAGAUAGGGUCCCUCCGGAAAUUCUUGCCAUGCAUGAGAACGUUCUCAAGUGUCCUACUCCGGGCUGCACAGGGCGCGGGCAUGUAAAUAGCAACAGGAACUCUCACCGAAGCCUCUCUGGAUGCCCUAUUGCUGCAGCGGAGAAGCUGGCAAAGGCCCAGGAAAAGCACCAGAGCUGCGACGUGUCCAAGUCCAGCCCGGCCUCAGACCGGGUGCUCAGGCCAAUGUGCUUUGUAAAGCAGCUCGAGAUCCCUCACUACGGCUACAGGAACAACGUCCCCACGACCACGCCGCGCUCCAACCUGGCCAAAGAGCUGGAGAAAUACUCCAAGACGUCGUUUGAGUACAACAGUUAUGACAGCCACACGUACGGCAAGCGGGCCAUAGCUCCCAAGGUGCAAACCAGGGACAUAUCCCCCAAAGGAUAUGAUGCGAAGCGGUACUGCAAGGACGCCAGCCCCAGCAGCAGCACUGCCAGCAGCUACGCGCCCAGCAGCAGCAGCAACUUGAGCUGUGGCGGUGGCAGCAGCGCCAGCAGCACCUGCAGCAAGAGCAGCUUCGACUACACGCAUGACAUGGAGGCAGCCCACAUGGCAGCCACCGCCAUCCUCAACCUGUCCACACGCUGCCGCGAGAUGCCGCAGAACCUGUCCACCAAGCCGCAGGACUUGUGUGCCACACGGAACCCUGACAUGGAGGUGGACGAGAACGGCACGCUGGACCUGAGCAUGAACAAGCAGAGGCCGAGGGAGGGCUGCUGCCCGAUCCUGACCCCGCUGGAGCCCAUGUCCCCGCAGCAGCAGGCCGUCAUGAGCAGCCGGUGCUUCCCGCUGGGCGAGGGGGACUGCUGGGACCUGCCCGUGGACUAUACCAAGAUGAAACGCUUGUUUCGCCUACAGCCGGAGGACCUGGACCCCUUCCAGGACGCCCUGGAAGACAGGAGGUACCCCGGGGAGGUGACCAUCCCGAGCCCCAAGCCCAAGUACCCGCAGUGCAAGGAGAGCAAGAAGGACCUGAUAACUCUGUCGGGCUGCCCGCUGGCUGACAAGAGCAUCCGGAGCAUGCUGGCCACCAGCUCGCAGGAACUCAAGUGCCCCACCCCUGGCUGCGACGGCUCUGGGCACAUUACCGGCAACUACGCUUCCCAUCGAAGCCUUUCAGGGUGCCCGCGGGCCAAGAAGAGCGGCAUCCGGAUAGCACAGAGCAAGGAGGACAAGGAGGACCAGGAGCCCAUCAGGUGCCCCGUCCCCGGGUGCGACGGCCAGGGCCACAUCACCGGGAAGUACGCCUCCCACCGCAGCGCCUCCGGCUGCCCCCUGGCGGCCAAGAGGCAGAAGGACGGGUACCUCAAUGGCUCCCAGUUCUCCUGGAAGUCGGUCAAGACGGAGGGCAUGUCCUGUCCCACCCCCGGCUGCGAUGGCUCCGGGCACGUCAGCGGCAGCUUCCUCACACACCGCAGUAUGUUCGCCGGGGCAGGGAUAGAGAAUGACGAAGAAAUCAAACAGCUGGACGAAGAAAUCAAGGAGCUGAACGAGUCCAACUCACAGAUGGAGGCCGACAUGAUCAAGCUUAGGACGCAGAUCACCACCAUGGAGAGCAGCCUGAAGACCAUCGAGGAGGAGAACAAGGUGAUCGAGCAGCAGAACGAGUCUCUGCUGCACGAGCUGGCGAACCUGAGCCAGUCGCUAAUCCACAGUCUGGCCAACAUCCAGCUGCCACACAUGGACCCAAUCAAUGAACAAAAUUUUGAUGCGUACGUGACUACUUUGACGGACAUGUAUACAAAUCAAGAUCGUUAUCAGAGCCCAGAAAAUAAAGCCCUCCUGGAAAAUAUAAAGCAGGCUGUGAGAGGAAUUCAGGUCUGACCAGCUGCUCAGUGACGUAUGGCGGAACCUGCUAGAAAGGACGCCUGUCGCCCUGCUGCUGCCCCGCCCGAGCGCACCCGUGCGCAUGUCUGUCCGAGUGCCCCGCCCAGAGACUCCAUGGCCUCACGUCCCGCCCUCACAGUAGCACCUGCACGUAGUGUGGACACAUUCACGUUGCGUACGUUUCACAUGAGCCGACAUAGUGUGAUUCUCCAUGUCAUGUUCAUAGCUGCUAAUGUGUGCACAUGGGGGGGGAUAUAUAUAUUUCUGAAGAGGUAAGCUGAUCAAAAUGGAGUGUACAUUCUUUUUAAUGCUUAGCGGUUACAUGUUUUAGUCUUUUGAACUGAAAUGGACAAAAAGGAACGGCUUUGAAUGACCACGAGGCGGUGCGGCCGCGUUUCAGACAUCGUCAUUUCGCCUCGUGCUGGAGGGUUUUAUGGGAUUUAAGAAGUGCAUUUUGUGUGCACAUUGUUUCAUAGCAAGACUUGUUUGCAAAAAAUGCUUUAUUUUUGAACAAUGCUUGGAAAUAUUAUGUGAUUUUUUUGUUUGUUUGUUUUAGGAGGAUGGUGUAUGGUGGGGGCAAUAAGUGAGGUUUUUUGAAUUCCAAGGAAAUGGCAUGUGGACUAACUGUAAGGAAUGAGAUAAGUAAUGUGUUGUAAGAACAUCAAGCCAUGGACAGCUGGCAGAAGAUGUGAAGCAGCUCACGCAGCACUUUCUGGUUUGCUCCUGAGCGUGGCACGCGAGACCUGGGAACAGAGCUCCCGCAGGGGCUGCAGGAGGCAGCGAAGACUUCUCCCCCAGUGAACUCCCAGCCGCCCUCCCGCGUCCCUGCCUCCGCUGGCUCUGCUGCAGGGAGGCCUGGCCAAGGAGUCUGCGCUCACUCCGCUCAGAGCUCACUUAGGAGUAUUUACUUCCCCUCCACCUUCAACACUGUCAUUGCUGUUGUUAUUAUUUUGCAUUUGGGGCAUAAAGGGAAAGGACUUGUGAGUCUUCGAGUUACGAGACUGAAUUUUCUGCUGGAUUCCGUGGCAAAGCUGCUCAGAACCCUCCCUCCCGCCGACUCCGGCUCCUGUGAGCCUGUGGCCGCGGUGAGGGCUCUCUCCCCAGGCCCUGAAGUCCGACCUGUGUGGAGGCAGCGGCCACGGAGGGCUGCCAGCUGCUGCCCGAGCUGCCCGAGGACGGGGGCCGUCCAAGCAGGUGCCCUGGACGUACUUCAGCACUUUCUCUGUCGCGAGCUCCCCAGACGUGUCUGCCCCUGGAGACCACCGUGUCCCCGACGACCUGAGACUGACCGGUCUGCCCCGAGGACUCCCGGCCGUAUCAUGGCAUCACUUCCUUCCAUGUCUAGAUGUCACACAGGAAGUACAAAAGUACUUUAAAAUUUUGUUAUGAAAAAAAGAUGGGUUUUGUAAAAAUUAAAAAAAUAUUUUUAGCAGAACAGGACUUACAGGGUCAUUGUCCCCACAACGUGCCAGUCGAUAUUUGCACUCACCUGUCCUCUGCGUCCGAGCAGAGGUGUGCAAUCCGCGUCCCAGCCUCUCCCAGCCUCGCAACGCCGCCCGGAGGACCGGGGCCCGCGGGCGGACCCGACGCCGUGCUGAGGGGGCUGCCGGGCCCCCCACAGACUCUGAUCCAAUGCCCGACCUCGUGGACAUGUAUAUAACCACAUCCCAGCGGCACUUUACACGCUCACUGUACGCACGCUCCAUUCUCACAAGGACUCCAGUGACGAGCUGGGAAAGGUGUGUAAUGACUGGGCUCCGCAGCUGCUCGGGGCCCUCUGUUAGCGCGUAGUCGUAGCUGCCACGCUCAGAAUUGCCUUCGAGAGCUGACGCCAGGGCCGCCGCCGCUGUUCAUAUCGGCAUCUGCAUCCCGUGUGUCCGCAGCUUCUCGCCAUAUAGUGAUGCUUCUCGUAGAGUAAUAGGUGUCUCGGUUUUGUUAUCACCUGUGUACAAUGGAAAGGGGUUUUAAGCACAAAUCUGCUGCUCACCUAACAUUGGUAAUAAUAUCCAAUCAAAGUCACCUGUGACGUUAUAUAGGGGGUCACAGUGUCUCAUCCUAGAAUGCUGACCUUUCAUAUGGAAUUAUCGUGAGUCAUCAGAGUUUAUUAUAACUUAUUGUUCAUAUUCAUUUCUAAGUUAAUUUAAGUGACCAUUUAUUAAGACAGAUUUUGUAUAAAUAUUUAUUGUGCUCUGUGGAACUGAAGUUUGAUUUAUUUUUGUACGACACGGCAUGGGUUUGUUGACACUUUAAUUUUGCUAAAAUGUGUGGAAUCACGAGUUGCAGUGAUACUUCAUUUUUAAAUCGUGGACUUUGUACAAACUUUGUCAUGCUGACGUUCACACAUCUUUCCUCGAAAUAAAAGGUGUUGCCACAUUUGUAGCACGACGGAUCUCCA